GCGAGAUUAACGAGCGGAUUUUUCCAUUCUUUUUCUUUGGAAUUUCUAUUUGGGCAUUUCUCUUAGAUUUAAAUGUAACAUUUCUAAACGUUCUUCGAAGAAUUGAAAUAAUCGUGAUUCUUAAAUUUUACUGCUUCAGAGAAUUUUUCUCUGAAAAGAUAUUAUUUUUCUUUUCAUUGUAUAAUAAUAAUAAUAAUAAUAAUAAAAUAAAUUUUGAUUUCUUUUGAUUAAUUUUAUUUUUAACAUAUUUAGAUAUAUUUUUAUUAAUCUAUUUUAAGAUGAAAAUCAUCCAACGUAUCUUCAAAGAUAUGCAAUUACACCGAUUACUUCUGGACCUGUCUUUUUUGUCAGCGAAGAUAAGUCUGGCGAUGAUAAUCGCAACUUUCAGAAUGAUUGUACCAUUUUCCAUGAAACGUUUAUUAGGAGAAACCGUUCUUAUCACUGGAGCCGGCCAUGGAAUCGGCCGUGAAUUAGCCAUCCAGUUGUCCUCGAUGGGUUGCAUAAUCGUUUGUUGGGACAGUGAUAUUGAUAGCAAUCGAUCGACAAUGAGAGAAGUGUCGAAAAAUGGUGGAGAGGUUUACGGUUUUGUGGUCGACGUGUCAAAGAGAUUAGAAGUGCGCGAGACAGUAAGAUUAAUGAGGAAAGUAGGCGUGCCGGAUGUGACAAUACUCAUUAACAAUGCUGCUGUAUUAUUCCAUAAGCCAUAUUUGAGUCUCGAUCCAGAUGAUGUGGAAAGGACAUUCGACGUUAAUGUUCUUUCAAACUUCUGGACGAUAGAAGCAUUUUUACCUAUGAUGUUGCUGAAAGGGAGCGGCCACAUAGUAGCGAUAAGUAGUAUGUGUGGCAUUUACGGGGUGUCGCAAAAAGUGGCAUACUGCUCGUCAAAAUUUGCAGUGAGAGGUCUCAUGGAAGCCCUUCGCGAGGAGGUACGAUUAGAUGAGAGGAAACCUAACGUUCAUUUCACGACGGUAUAUCCGUUCUACGUCGAUACAGGAUUGGCGAAGGAUCCUAAAUACAGAUUUCCUUAUAUCUUUGGCGUCGUAACACCAGAAUAUGCAGCUCGAGAAAUAAUUAAAGCUAUUCGAAAAAAUUAUACAGAAUAUUCAAUACCGCGAUGUCUUUUUUCUUUAAAUGCGAUCAAUAGAAUUGUCCCAGAGAGUGUCAUGCGUUUGAUAUUAGACUUUUUAGCGGAUGUCGAGCGAAAACAGAAAGAAAGAGAUGUGAUGAAUUCGAAAUUAGAUUUGAUAAAAGCUUAGAGGCUAUAUAAUAAAGCUUAUAUUUUUUUAUUAGAUAUACGAAUUAUACAUAAUGUAUAAAGUUUGUAAUAUACAACAAUCCUUAUUCUUAGAUUAAUAAACAUUUCUAUUUAUAUUUUAUUUGCAUU